UGAGUCAUAUACGAACUACGUUUGAAAACACCUGCUGAGCGCCACGUGAAAAUGAUUAACACCCGAUUAGGGUCAUGUGAUUAGAAAUGCGCGUGAUUUGACGUGUUAGUUUUCAUACUAGCUCAGAGAAGCCAAAUGAAAGUAUAGGUUUGAAGUGUUUUUUACCUGGAACCACCACAGCAAGAGACCAAACCACCCUUAGAGGAAGAUGUCUGCUGCUUCAGAUGAACUGAAUGGCCUGGAAACCGGCAGAUUGUGGGGUAUUACCAAGCAACAAGAUGACCAAAAAUGUGAAGAUCUCUUAGAGGCUCUGUAUAGCCCCGCUGGCGGUAUCGCAGCUGCGUUGAGGUCUGUCGCAUCCUGGAACACAUGGAAUCAUAGUCCAGCCGCACUCUCCCCAGGUCCUCGGUUCACCUUCCCUGGACAGGACGAGCCUCAGAAUGUGCCGCCUCCAAUGGCCUCCCCCUAUGCAGAGGUCCCAGGAAAAAGAGGAUAUGAGAUCAGUCUCAAGGAGAGCGAUAAAGAUGUUACUGAAAUCACAAGUGCAUCAAAGUAUUGUCAAUCCUCACCCCUGUACCAGGAGUACUGCCUGCAGAGCGUACAGGCGGAGAUGCAGAGGAUUCAGGGCAGUGACCUGUCUGCUCUGGCGGUCGCCAUUAGCCUGCCCGGCCUCCUGAAGUGCCACAGUGCCACAACGACGUCGUCACCUCCUGCUCCUCGCUCCUUCCACCAGGAGAAGGGCAGCCUUCUGUGGCAGGAUUUACCUGAGGUUCGAGAGCAGGGUCUCCUGAUGAGACUGGGUCGAAAGGAGAUCAAGCUACAAGAGGCCAUGUUCGAGCUGAUCAGGUCAGAGGCCUCAUAUCUGAAGAGUCUGACAGUGGUGGUGACUCAUUUUCGAGGGUCGCAGACGUUACGCCUGUCCUUGCCUACUGUGGAACACCACUUUCUCUUCUCAAACCUUUUGGAUGUCCAGAGAAUGAGUGAGCGGUUCCUGCUAGACUUGGAGGCCCGUCUAGGGCAGAAUGUCAUGAUGAAGCAGAUUGGGGACCUUGUGCUUCAGCACCAUGCCGCACUGCGUCGGGUCUACGUGCCAUACAUCACCAACAUGAUGUACCAGGAAACACUCCUCAAACGCCUGAUGCAGGAAAACCGAGGAUUUGUGCAAGCUUUGAAGAAACUGGAGCAGGACCCUGCAUGCCAGCGACAGAAUCUCAAGUCCUUCCUGGUACUGCCCUUCCAAAGGAUCACUCGAUUGCGGAUUGUUCUGGAGAACAUCUUGAAGCUGACACCACUCGAGUCUGACCCAGUUACCCUUACAAAGGAAGCCAUAAUGGCCGUGCACCAGAUCUUGAAAGAGUGUGAUGACAGCGUUCAGCGCAUGAAACAGACGGAAAAACUUGUUGCACUGGAGAAACAGCUUGACUUCAAAAGCGUUAAGUCUCUCCCCCUUAUCAGUCACAGGCGCCACCUAGUGCAAGAGGGCUGCUUACGGCAAGUAUUAAUGAAGGGUCUUCUGAGUAAAGUACUGAACAUCCACUUACACCUCUUCAAUGACCUGCUGCUGCUAUCUCUCCGGGGAGUGUCCCGUUUCCACGUGCUGGACUAUGCCCGCUUCCCAGCCCAUGUCAGUGUGGGCCAGGUGAAAACUAAGCUUCAUGGGCUGCCCCAGCACUGCUUCCAGUUGCACUUCUCUAAGAACCACUCAAACCUGCCUGCUGACUUUGUCCUCGCUGCAAAUGCUGGCUCAGAAAGGGAUGUGUGGAUUGGACUCCUAUCACCACAAGGCGGCGACACGACCAUAAAAGAUGCGGGGCAGACAUCGUAGGGUUUACCUUUCACCAUGAAGACUAUAUAUUGGGCUUUAAUAUUAGCAGGAAAUGACGGAUGUUUAAUAUAUCAAGAUGUCUUAUUUUAACUGUGCUAUUCUAAUAAAGCGUAUGACUUGUGAACGUGUAA